UGUGUAAGAUAUUGUAACGAUAUCGGCGAGGCCUCGAGUUCGAAUCCUACGGUUUUGCGUUUUGAGUCCUUUUCCUUUCCAUUUUCAUCUUCUCUUCUGCUUCAUCGUCAUCAUCAAGCUUCCAGCCAUGGACGAUCAAGUAGAUCCAUCUUCUACUUCUCGCACAAAGCUUAAGUUCAAGCCUAAACUUCCGCGUAGACAGAGAAGACCCUCCGUCCCCAAAACUGAAGAGAUAAAUGAUGAAAGGAGGAGUAACGAGGAUGAAGAAGCUGCCCAGGCUCAGAUGCUCAUCCAAAAAUUCAAUGAAAAUCUCAGAAGACAAGUCCCUAAAGAAAAGAAACCACAAGUGCAAGUUGCUUUCGGGCCAGGUGCCCCAUCACCACCUCUUUUGAUAAGGAAAUAUAAUGUUCCUGUGCAUGAGAACACUGGUAGCAGCUGGUCAGGGACAGAAGAUACCAGGGAUGAUGAUGGGAAAAUUUUUGUGCCUCCUUCAGCUGCCAGAGUAGAUGGGGCUAUCAAUCCGUUAUCCCUGAAAGGGAAGAGACGGUAUAAAGAACCUUGGGAUUACCACCAUAUCUAUUAUCCAAGUACUCUUCCUUUGAGGCCGCCUUACUCUGGCGACCCUAAGCUUCUUGACGAGGCUGAGUUUGGGGAGGAAGCAAGGAACUUGGAGUAUGAUGAGACUACUAUUAAUCCUGCUUCUGAUCUUGGGCUGUUGGAGGAGUGUGACAAUGAAAGGUUAUUUUUCUUCCAAGUUCCUGAGAAGCUGCCCUUUUUGAAGCGAUCAGCAAGUGCAAAGGGAAAAGAGAGAGCUGAUAUGUCAAUGCCAUCAGAAAGCAAGAGUGCUGCUAGGAAGACCAGUUUUGAAGAAUUGCCAAAGGGAUAUAUGGGCAAAAUGCUGGUUUACAGGAGUGGAGCGAUCAAGCUUAAGCUUGGCGAUGCACUAUAUGAUGUUUCACCAGGCUCAGAGUGUAUAUUUGCUCAAGAUGUUAUGGCGAUCAACACUGCAGGUAAAGAUUGCUGCGCUAUUGGAGAGCUUGGGAAACGUGCUGUUGUAACUCCUGAUGUUGAAUUUAACUUGAACUCUGUGAUCAACUUGGACUAGAAUGCAAAUAAUAGACGCAUUAGCUGUAGGAAGGGUACAUACAGCACGGUAGAGGAAUAUGGCAGACCUAGCAGCAGUAUGUGUAUAAGAAGUAAGGAAUUAGGGUUAGGGUCUUUCUGACCGGGUAGCAAAUGAAUCGAUCUUGGGCGUUUGCAGGAUCUUUCUUUACCUUUAUGUCCUUCAUGCAUUCUUAAGGUCAAUAGAAAAAAUUAUCCCUUUUGCAUAGGGAUGGAAUAAUCCAUGUUGAAUGCAUUGUGUGUUCAUGUUGCCUCCGGUUCCGCACAGAAAUUGCAUGUUCUUCUGUAUCCAAAGGUAAGUUGCCAGCGGUAUCCAAAAUAACCUGCACAAAGAACCAAGUGGUCAUUUUGAAGUAGGAGAACCCUUGGGUAAAUUCACAAGUGUUUGAUCACAUAAAGUUAAAACUUUGGGAACAAGUAAGUUUGUCCAAUAAGGAGGAAAGACGAGGUAACAAGGCACCUCGGGCAAGGUGGCAUUCUUCAUCCUUUUGUGAAGAUUUAGGUUUAGGUUUGGAAUUCUUAUACGGUAGGUCUGUUGCAAUGUAUAAACCUUUGAACACCCAUUUCCCAUCACUGGACACAGACUCUUGCUGGUAUGUUAUCUAAAAGAAUCGUGCAAAUGGGUGA